UCUUAGGAUGCAUUGAAUGGCAACGUAGAGAAUUUGUCAUAAAAAAUGUCGUCUGCUCUUUUUAAAGGAGCGAAACAUGCAAAACUUUAUUCACAAUUUCGGCCUUAUCCACCUCGAGAAUUGAUUGAAACCAUUAUUACAUACAUGAAAGAAAAAAUUAAGCUAGAGCCUCCUUUUUGCAAAGCAAUUGAUAUUGGAUGUGGAAGUGGCCAGAGUACAUUUGUUUUGUCACAGCACUUUAAAAGCUUAUUAGGUGUAGAUGUUAGUGAAGCACAAAUAAAAUGUGCUCAGGAAAUUCAUGCUUUACCAAAUAUUGAAUACAAGGUAUCUGAAGGUGACAAUUUGCCAGUUCUCUCAUCUUCAGUUCAGUUGGUUACAUUAUGUCAAUCCAUUCAUUGGUUUGUCCCUCUGGACAACCUUUACAAGGAAAUUAGAAGAAUUCUUAUUCCAGGUGGAGUAGUGGCAGCUUAUGGAUAUUGGAUUCCACUUCCAAAGACGGAUGAUAAUAAAAAGAAUAGUGAAAUCUAUAAAUGUGUUUUUGAUUAUUGUCAUGAAGAGAAAUUAGGUGCCUAUUGGGAUAAAGAAAGAUAUAUUGUGCAAAAUAAAUAUACAGAUGUUAAUUUUCCUUUUUUAAACCAAAAGAGGGUUGAACUUGUAAAUGAAAGUGAAAGCUCACUGGCUGAUUAUAUUGGAUAUCUCAGCACAUGGAGUUCAUAUCAAAAGUUGUCACGAGAACAUCCUGAUCAAGCAUCAGAGUUGUUACCGGAGAUCGAAGAAAGAUUAAAAGAAAUUUUAGGAAGUAAAGAUACUUCAGAAAAAAUACAACUAAAAUUGCACACCGAUUACUUUAUGCUGAUAGGUCAUCAAUAAGAGAAAUUUUAUAGUAUGACUUGUUAUGAAAGAUAAUUUCAGCAUUUGUAAUAUUUUGAUUGUUAAAUAUUUUUAAUGUUUGCAUUUGAUAAAACAUAUGCAAAAUACUUUGAUCCUGGAAAAUCAAAUUUAACUAAGUCAUUUUGCCCCCAAUCAACAGAAUUAAAAAUAAACUAAUUUUUAGAUUGCA